AUGCCAGCCUCCGCUUUCUCCCAGCUGAAUUCACAAAGAAUCCCCCCCACACCCACAAAAGCACUAUUUUCAGCUUUAAAGGAAAAGAAAUGGAGCGGCUCCCGGGAAGCAGCCGGGCGGGCGUCGGGCGCGUUCCCACGGGCGCGCGGACACGGGAACUCGCGAGGGCGGCGCGCGCCCGGGCCGGGCAAGGAGGCGGAGCAGCGGCGGCGGCGGAGGCUCCGUCCCUCGCCGCCUCUCCUCCUUGCGCGGCUGGUGCUCGGCGAGCGCGGCGGGAGAGCCAGCGCGGCCGGGGCGGGAGGGNCCUGCCCGGAGCUGUGGCCGGCGGGGGCGCUGGGCGGGCUCUUCCGCCGCCGCCGCCGGACGGCCCAGCUGAACGCCGAGGAGCCCACCUUCCGCGCCUGCUACCUGGGCCACGCCGCCACCCUGCUGGCCAAGGGCGAGGGCUGCGCCGAGGCGGCGGUGGAGAAGCUCUGGGCGCGCAGCCAGGCCGGCCGGCGCGGCGCCCGCAUGCAGCUCAGCCUGGGCCCGCAGGGGCUGCACCUGCGCCCGCCCGCCGCCAAGGAGGGCCGCCCCCGGGCCGCGCACGCCUACCUGCUGCACCGCAUCACCUACUGCGCGGCCGACCGGCGCCACCCGCGGGUGCUGGCCUGGGUCUACCGGCACCAGGUGAAGAACAAGGCGGUGGCGCUGCGCUGCCACGCGGUGCUGCUCUCGCGGGCCGAGAAGGCGCAGGCGGCGGCCCGGCUGCUCUUCCAGACCUCGGCCGCCGCCUUCGACGAGUUCAAGCGGCUGCAGCGGCGGAGCGACGCGCGACGGCUCCAGCGGCAGCUGCUCGGGGAGGCCGUCGUCCCGCUGGCGCCCCUGCGCAGGCUGCUCAACGCCAAGUGCCCCUACCGGCCCCCGCCGGACCGCGGCCGCAACGGGCCCCGGCUCAGCUCCAUCCAGGAGGAGGAGGAGGAGGAGGAGGAGGAGGAAGGCCGGAGGAGGAAAGAGCGGCCGGCGGCGUUGGGCACGGCCACCGGUGCCCCCCUCGACUGGCUGGCCACCCGCUCCAUCAUCUGCGCCAUCGGCUCUGCGGGCCCGGCCCUCUGGGCUGACCACACGGCCCCCAGGGGCCGCCCCGGCGCUGCCCUUCCAGGGCCCAAGAUGACCAGGUGCCUGGAGCGGCCGGAGAUGCAGACUUUGGUGCGGGAAUUCCAGUUCUGCAGCUUGCAGGGUGCGCUGCCCGUGGGGGACAGGGCCUCCUGGAGGCCACCUAGCCGGGAGCCCCCUUGCCUGUCCCGCUAG